AUAAGGAGGCUGGGGAAGGAUAGAGCCGGAAGAGGAAAAAUGUUUGUGGCAGGAAAAAGCGCCAUCUUUAACAAGCUAUCCCCCUAUCUGUUUGUGAAGAAAAAUGGCAGAGAAUUCGGAACCAUAUUAGCUAAAAGGAGAGAUUUGCCACCUGAAAAUCCAAGCACUCAAGGAGGAAAAUUCGUCUUCCCUCCAUUGAGGGUUUCGAAUACAAUUCUUGCUAGGUCUGUGGUGGCUGUGUUGGGAUUAGGAUUCAUCGAUGCAGGGUAUAGUGGAGACUGGUCAAGGAUUGGAGUGAUCUCAAAAGAGAUUGAGGACUUGCUAAAGGUUGCUGCAUUUCUAGUUGUUCCAUUCUGUUUGUUCCUCAUAUUUUCUAUCUCCAAAGAACAGGAGGAUUGAAUUCAUUGAGGUGGGCUCUUGGGUACUUUUAAUUGUAAGAUGAACUGUGUUCUCAUGCUGAAAAUGUAUUUGUGGAUUUAAGGUUUUAAGCUGCCUCUUGCAAUAUUUGUCUGCAUGAGGUGAAGAUUGGUAAUGCAUUUUGCUUGAACACAAAA